AUGAUCAUCCUGCUCCCCCUACUUUUCCUGUUUGUGGCCGGUCUGGUACAGGCUACAAAGGUUCACGAAGCUGGAAUUUGUGCUUUGAGAGGAAAUUGUGGCAAAAAGAACUUCUUCGGUUCAGAAUUGCCCUGUCCUGAUAAUACGUUCUCUACGCCAUCCUCCCCAGAUGAUUUUGACCUACUUGAACAAAUAUGUGGUAAAGAGUUUGCUGAUAUAAAUACUUACACGUGUUGUGACACUUCUCAACUGUUGAAUUUGCAAAAGCAACUGAAAAAGGUUGAUCCUAUCAUUGCUUCAUGUCCAGCAUGCCGCAGUAACUUUUAUACCUUGUUCUGCUCAUUCACAUGUUCUCCAGAUCAAUCUCAGUUUGUCAAUGUUACGGACACGGUAAAGUCCACCACUGGAGAGGAUGCGGUGAGUGAAUUGGACUACUACAUCCAAAGCAGUUGGGCAGAGGAGUUUUUCAAUUCUUGUAAGGAUAUCAAGUUCGGAGCAUCGAACGGGUAUGCCAUGGACUUGAUUGGAGGUGGCGCUAAGAAUUACUCGGAUUUUUUGAAAUUCUUAGGUGAUGAAAAGCCUUUAUUGGGGGGUUCUCCCUUUCAAAUCAAUUUUCAAUAUCCGUCCAAUUCAACCCCUCAAUGGGUUGAAUACCCCGAUAACCCUGUGAGAGCCUGUAACGAUAGCAAUCCAGAUUAUAAAUGUGCAUGUUCCGAUUGUCCAGGAUCUUGUCCAGUUCUUCCUAGUCGACACGCUCCAAAACAGUGUCGUGUGGGUAUUCUUCCUUGCUUUUCAUUUGCCGUUGUUGUGCUUUAUGCAAUUGUCCUUUUGGGAUAUAUUGCUUACAAAACCUCACGAUAUACCAAAUCCAGGACCAGCUUACUUUUACAUGAUGAUCUGGCUUUGGAUGAAUCUAGGUAUGAUUACAGCUCCGAAGACGAACAGUUUUUUAACAAUGAGUUUGAAUAUAACUCUUCUUAUUAUCCAAUAAACAGCAAGUUGGAAGAAUGGUUCUGCAAGUUGGGGUUCUUUUGUUCAACCUCUCCCAAAACUGUGAUUUUUGUCUCUUUGGUGGUGUCGUUGACACUUACGUCUUUCAUGCGAUUCAUUGAACUCGAAGAAGACCCUGUUAAAUUGUGGGUGUCUCCGCAAGCCGAAGCAUUCCAACAAAAGCAAGUUUUUGAUGAAAAGUUUGGACCGUUUUAUCGGACGCAACAGAUAUUUGUUAUCAAUGAAACGGGACCAGUGCUCUCUUAUGAUACCCUAAAAUGGUGGUUUGACAAAGAGUCAACCAUCCUUUCUUUACAAGCUAAUGCAUCAGAUUACCAGAGGGAGACGAUCACGCUACAAGAUCUAUGUUUGAAACCUAUCAACGAUGCCUGCGUUGUUGAAUCAUUCACACAGUAUUUCGGAGGUGAUUCUUCCAGUUUAACUGAAGAUAAUUGGGAGAAGAAACUAUCCUCAUGUGCCAACAGCCCAGUGAAUUGUCUCCCUUCGUUUCAACAGCCUUUGAAAAAGAGUCUUCUUUUUGGAACUGAACAAUUGGAAGAUUUUGACAUUCUAAAAUCUAAUGCGUUAGUUAUCACUCUCGUGAUGAACAACUCUAAUGAUGUUAAUAGCACACAGUUUCAAAAUUCUCUAGCGUGGGAAAAAGUAUUGGAAUCUCACUUGUUGGAUCUUAAAGAGGAAUCUGCACAAAGGGGUCUGAAGUUGAGUUUCAGCACUGAAAGCUCCUUGCAAAAAGAACUUAACAAGUCAACUAACACUGAUAUCAACAUCAUUGUAAUUUCCUACCUACUUAUGUUCUUGUAUGCUGCAGUAGCUUUAGGGAGCAACGCAAUUACCAGAGAAUGGAACCUUACCUCUCUGGUUCACACCAGAUUCACUUUAGGCUUGUCAGGAAUUAUCAUUGUUCUUCUUUCUGUAUCAAGUUCAGCCGGAUUUUGGUCUAUUUUCGGACUUAAAUCGACCCUAAUUAUAGCAGAAGUUAUUCCAUUCUUGGUCCUUGCAAUUGGUGUCGAUAACAUCUUUCUGAUUUCCCAUGAGCUCAACACAGUUAACAUGAAUUAUAGCACUGAGAGUAUUCCCCUAAGAGUCUCUAAAGCUAUGGGAAAGAUUGGGCCUAGUAUAUUGCUUAGCUCAUCUUCUCAAGUGUUCUGUUUUGCUCUGGCUACGGUUGUUUCCAUGCCAGCAGUGAGAAACUUUGCCGCUUAUUGUACAAUGGCUGUGUUAUUCAAUUGUAUUUUACAAACCACGGCAUUCGUAUCAUUGUUAACGCUAGAUCAAAUCCGCCUAGAGGAUAACAGGUUGGAUGUUUUCCCAUUUGUAAAAGUUGACAGAGGAGUUCAAUUUGGGAACAACAAUAGCCAGGAAGGAUUAAUAAUUGAUGAGCUAUUGGACACUAGUAAUGACAACGUCUUCUCAGAGUUGAUUAAAAAGUAUUAUGCUCCCUUUAUAUUCAACAAAAACAUAAAGCCUUGCAUUUUGGCAAUCUUCGGAACGUUCACCAUAUUUUGUCUUAGCUUAUUGCCAGAUGUUCAGUUUGGUUUAGAUCAGCGUAUUGCAUUACCCAGGGACUCAUUUUUGAUUGACUAUUUCGAUAGUAUCUACAAUUACUUGGGAGUCGGGCCUCCUACUUACUUUGUAGUAGAUGGCAUGAAUGUUACGGAAAGAAGCAACCAACAAAAACUGUGUGGAAGAUUCUCAACCUGUGAUGAAUUUUCUUUGGUAAACGUCUUGGAACAGGAAAGAAAACGCUCUGAAAUCUCUACCAUUUAUGAACCUACUAGCAGUUGGAUAGAUGACUUUUUCCUAUGGUUGAAUCCAGACCUCACGGAUUGUUGCAGGUUUCGAAAAGGUACUAACCAGACUGAGAUGUGUCCAAUAUACGCCCCUUCAAGACAGUGCGAGGUUUGCUACGAAAACCACGAGCCUGGGUGGAAUAUUACUAUGGAAGGACUCCCUCAAGGCGAAGAAUUCAUGAAGUAUUUUGAUAUUUGGAUUGAAUCACCUAGUGAUCCUUGCCCGUUGGGUGGUAAAGCUCCAUAUUCAAGUAGUGUCUUCACUGAUGUUAAUGGAACAAACGUCGAAAGCUUUGUUUUCCGUACCAGUCAUGUUCCUCUUAGAUCACAAAAUGAUUUCAUAAAGGCCUAUAAAGAGUCCCUUCGGAUCACGAACGAGGUCAAGGAGUACACUGGAAUUGAGAAUUUGUUUGCAUACUCACCAUUUUACAUUUUCUUUGUCCAGUAUGCGUCUAUUGUCAAAUUGACCUUUUCCUUGAUUGCUGCUGCCCUUUUGGUGAUUUUCUUAUUUGCAGUAACCCUUUUGGGGUCUUUCGCUUCUGCUCUAAUCUUGAUCCUCACUGUUGUUAUGAUUUUGAUUGAUAUGGGAGGCAUAAUGGCUCUUUGGGGAAUCAAUCUGAACGCCGUCAGUUUGGUGAACAUCCUAAUCUGUGUUGGUCUAAGUGUAGAAUUUUGCACUCACAUCGUGAGAGGUUUUACUAUUGGUGAUCCAGCAAUCAACUUCAACACUAGCUUAGAUACCACAUAUGCAUUCUCCAGCAAGCAAUCGAGAGCUUUCAAGUCCCUCACGACCAUUGGAGGUUCCGUGUUUGGUGGAAUCACUCUAACUAAGAUCGUUGGGGUUACAGUGUUAGCGUUCACAAGAUCACAAAUUUUUGAGGUGUAUUAUUUCCGAAUGUGGUUCUCUCUAGUGGUGUUAGCCUCAUUGCAUAGUCUGAUGUUCCUUCCAGUCAUAUUAUCAUAUGUUGGGGGGAGAGGCUAUAUAUCUUCAAGUUAUGCAAGUUUAGUUUCUGACGAACUUAUCGACCGAUUACAAGAGCAGACUUUAGAUUAA